AUGAUAAUUCCUGGUCCUAAAAUGCCUGGAAAUAGCAUUGACGUUUACUUGCAACCUUUAAUUGCUGAGUUAAAGCAACUGUGGAGUGGUGUAAAUGCUUAUGAUUGCUCAACGAAGGAAAUGUUUCAAUUGCGUGCUGCAUUGAUGUGGACCAUAAGUGAUUUUCCAGGUCUUGACAACUUGUCUGGAUGGAAUACACAUACAUCACUUACUUGUCCAUCAUGUAAUUAUGAAACAGAUUCUAUGAGGCUAAAGUUUGGUAGAAAAUAUUGCUUUAUGGGACAUCGUCAAUUUUUGCCACAUGAUCACAAAUAUAGAUACAACAAAAAGUCUUUUAAUGGUUUUGAAGAGCAUAGACCUGCGCCUGUUCCACCAUCGGGUUUAACCCUGCUAAGACAAAUUGAGAAGAGUCGAAAGAGGCCUCGUGAUGAUGGUACAAGUAAGGCACAAAGUGCACAAAAUACGAAGAAUAGAACAAAACUUAAAGUCUCGCAUGCCGGUGGUAGCAAAAGUAAUGCAAGGAGAGGUCGUCAAAUGGAGCAAAAAUUGGGAAGGCCUGUGUGCCGAAGUGAAGUUGUAUUGUCAACUUUACUGAAAAAGAAUGGUAAUUAUGUGAAUGAAAAAGGGAAGAUUUUAGCUGAUAAAAUAUCGGAGCAUCUACCUGAAGAUCAAGAACAUGCUGCUACUUUAGGUGUUCCGUUGAAGAUAUUGGCUCAUCCCAAUGACGCCAUUGGAAAAGUGUAUGGAGUUGAACAUUCUGGUCGUGUGCGUGGUAUAGGUGGUAAUGUUUGUCCUUCUGAUGUUUUUGGGAUGCCUAGACAUUCAAUUAGUCAUGCAAAUGUCGGCAAUUUCAGUAAUACGUCUCAUCAACGUGUUGAAGACCUAGAGAAACAUGUAGAAACUUUGGAAGAGAAGCUGACUGGAUAUGAAGAGACCAAGGAAAAGCUUGAGGAAACCAAGAAACGACUUGCACAAAAUGAGAAUCACUUGGAAACUCUUCAUAGGUUUUUACAAGCCAAAUUUGGUAAUGAAUUGCCUAGUUUCAACAUAGAUUCUUCUUAGUU